AUGGCAUUUCUAUCUAUCUAUCUAUCUAUCUAUCUAUCUAUCUAUCUCAGUCUGUUCCUAUCUAUCUAUCUAUCUAUCUAUCUAUAUAUCUAUCUAUCUAUCUAUCUAUCUAUUGUCUGUUACCAUCUAUCUAUCUAUCUAUCUAUCUAUCUAUCUAUCUAUCUAUCUAUCUAUCAGCCUGUGCAUAUCUAUCAGUCUAUCUAUCUGAAACUAUUCAUAUCUAUUAUCAAUUUGUUGAUCGAUCUAUCUAUCUAUCUAUCUAUCUAUCUAUCUAUCUAUCUCAGUCUUUUCAUAUCUAUCUAUCUCACUCACUUUAUAUCUAUCUAUCUAUCUAUCUCAGCCUGUGCAUAUCUAUCAAUCUAUCUAUCUCAAACUCUUCAUGUCUAUAAUCAAUUUGUUGAUCUAUCUAUCUAUCUAUCUAUUUAUCUAUCUAUCUAUCUAUCUAUCUAUCUAUCUAUCUGCGGUCCAUCCUUAUCUAUCUAUCUAUCUAUCCAUCUAUCACUCUAUCUAUCUCAGCCUGUGCAUAUCUAUCAGUCUAUCUAUCUCAAACUCUUCAUGCCUAUUAUCAAUUUGUUGAUCUAUCUAUCUAUCUAUCUAUCUAACUCAGUCUUUUCAUAUCUAUCUAUAUCACUCUCUUUAUAUCUAUCUAUCUAUCUAUCUAUCUAUCUAUCUAUCUAUCUAUCUAUCUCAGCCUUUUCCUAUCAAUUUAUCUGUUCCUAUCUUUAUAUGCAUCUUUCUAUCUAUCUACCUCACCCCUCUCACUAUAUAUACAUAUUUAUACUCCAUCUCUCUCCAUCUCUCUCCCUCUCUCUCCCUCUUUCUCUCUCCCUCUCUCUUUCGUUAUUGGCAAAAAUCUAUCUUGACCUUGACCAUCUUCUUCCUUCUUAUUUCCCAUUCUUCCUCUCGCAAAUACAGCAAAUAGCAAAUCUCUUUAUCCAUUGUGAUUUACAAUUCCCGCCUUUUUCUCCUCAUUUUUUCUCAUUCAAAUUUACUGUUUGCUUCAAAUUUCUUCUUUCCCUCCUCUCCUCUUCUUCUUCUUCUUCUUCUUUUUCACCAUUUUCUUCUUUUUUAUCCUAUUUUCCCAGCCUUUUCUUUCAUUUUUGCUUUUUCAUUUAA